GAGAUCAAAAAUUGAUAUGUUUGGCCUUCAAUACAACCUUUUAAUAAUAUAUCCCUAUAUACGUUUAAUUAUUCUUUUUUUUUUGAUCAUUUUAUUCUUUUCCUGUCCACUUAUACUAUGAUACCAAUGAAAAUAUAUAAAUAAUUCAAUUUCGUUCUUGAAAAUAUCUUUUUUUGUAUAAUUAUCAAUUCCAAUAAGCAUUAUUAGAAUAAUUAAGACUCGUUUCUAGGAAAAGUCAUAUACUCUCCAAUUCAUAAGAAAAGAAAGGAAAACAAAGAAUAACACCAUCACCAAUAAUAAUACCAAUAAUAAUAUCAAUAAUAAUAUCAAUAAUAAUACCAAUAACCACAGCACCCAUAUCCAUUAUUCCAAUAGUAAUACCAGUAGUAACAUCAGUUGAAAAUGUCUGAUUCACAAGCUCUUUCGUUGUUUCUAACUUUCCCAGUCACACAAGACAUGUUGCAAUAUGUUGUCACAACCACCUUAAAAGUCUUGCCUUGCCCAUCCUCAAAGUCUUCAAAGUAUUCAAAGUCCUCGAAAUCCUCAAUUCAAAUUCCUCCAUCGAGUCCUUCACACUCCUCAGAGCCCUCCACACCUUACUUGCCUUCAUUGAUGAGCUUCUUAUCCACCAUCAUUAGGUGCACCAAUGCCUACACCGGAACAUUAAUGGCAACGCUAAUAUACUUGGAAAGAUUGAAACAAAAGCUACCCAGUGGCUCUUCAGCUCAGGAUGCAUCUGCAAGACACCGUAUUCUAUUGGCUGCUUUAAUAUUAUCUGCAAAAUAUAACAACGAUUCAUCCCCUAAAAAUAAGCAUUGGGCAAAGUAUACGAAUGGAUUGUUUACUACCUAUGAAGUUAAUGAAAUGGAAAGACAGUAUCUCUAUUUAUUAGAUUGGGAUGUCAGAUUUGAAACCGAAGAAUUAAUUCACCAUUUGAGACCAUUUUUGGAGCCAAUUAAAGCAGAUAUUAGGAGAACCAUCAAAAUACGCAAAAUAAUUAAACAACAAAAAGUGAAACAGCAACAGCAACAGCAACAACAGAAACAACAGCAAACAAAUGCUAAAAAGGAAAAAGAGCUUAGAAUUAAGCAAGAGCAAAAAAGACAACAACAGUUAAAAGAAGAAAUCUCGUUUUUAAUCAAUGGUGAAGAAACUCCAUCGACCAACAUAAACACCUCCACCAUCAAUAGUCUUCACACUGUCUACAGCGACAACGAUACCAGUUUCAAUAGCGACGAUAACGACACAAGUAUAAGCAGCAUCAGCAGUUCUGGCAGCAACAACUGUACUAAGAAACAUACAAUCAAGAAAGCAGAAAGAAUCUUAUUUCCACCAUUCAACCCAGUCAAAUCUUUAAGAUCAAGUAGUUCCAAUUCAUCGUUAAGAUCUUCAAACCUCUCCAAAGGAAGCUCAACAACAUCUGCAUCUUCUAAUUUAUCUCUCACUUCAGAUUUUGGUUAUUCUUCAGACUUAAGAUCAAGAUCAGGCUCUGAUUUUUCAUUAUCGUCAGCAUCAUCUUUAUCAUUAUCCUCAUAUUCAUUGAAAAAUAAUCAAACUAAAAACCCACAGUGUUUAUCGCCUAUAUUAACAAUAAAUUCAAGUAAGAAUAACAGCAAUGAAUUCGUUCCAAAGAUUUUGAACUUUGAAAAUCCAUUGGACUUGACCAAUAUCAACACAAACAUCAAUAUUGAAAAACACAGAAAUCUUUUAAAACCUUCAAAAUCAAGCAUAAAUUUACACAAAAUUCUCAAAAAUGACAUCGAAUAUUCCAAUAAUCUCAACAGUAAUUUUUCAAACAGUGUGGAAAGCCAACACUCUGAUAGCUUGAAAGAAAAUUAUAAGAUUAACUAUUAUAAAACAUUCUCCAACAAUUUCCACAGUGUUAAUUACAUAAAUGGUUUUCAAAACAUAAGCAGAUCAAUCUAUUAAACCAGAUCACCAGAUCUAUCUGUGAUAUAUUCAGUAACAUGCUUUUCUACUCAAAAUACUAUACCACAAUCUUACUAAUACCCAUAUUCAUAUGUUAUGAUACCCUUUUUGGGGGCAGAUUUAUAAUUUCAAUUCAGUGCUUUUUUUUCAAAUUUAUGUUAUUUGGUACCAUUUCUACUUUAUAGUUUAUACCCAUUUUUUUAAUUCAUGGAAAAUUUUAAUAUUUUAUUUGUAUGUUGUAAUUACUAUUUCUUUUUUUCUCCUUUUUCUUCAAUCUAGUUUUGAUUUUCU